UUAGAAAGGCCUUAAACCGAAAAAACAAUAAGAAAAAUGAAACUAGAGAUUGAACCGUCGCGGUGAGAUAUGGGCGUCGGAACUUCAACAGCGACGAUUGCCGGCGAGAGAAAGAGAGAUGAGAAAUUAUGAAAUUGGAUUAUUGCAGUGGCUAAAUAAAAAUAGUGUGAGUGCACUGCAGGCGGCACUUGAGCGAGUCGAGCAAUGGAACAAGCGAAAAUGGUGGCCAAAGCUGUGCUCCGAAACUCCGACAAUCCGCAGCUGGCAUGGCUUCUCUUCAAGCGCACCCUCGCCAGCAAUAUUAAAGAUUGCUCCUUUUCCCAGCACACACUCUCUCUCAUCGUCCCCAUUCUCAUCCGCGCCCACAUGUUCUCUCAAGUCGACUAUCUCCACCGCCAUCUCCUCCUCUUCCCCACGCCGCCGCAUCAUGCUUUGUAUUCCUUCGUCAAGAUGUUGGCCGAGGCUGGCCGUGUUCAGCAGGCCUUUUCUCAGUUUCAGUCUCUUCGGGCCCGUUUGGCCCGAGCACCGCCCUCCAUUCUCCUCUACAAUUUGUUAAUUCGAGCUUCGAUUAAACAAAAUUGCCCUAAUUACGUAUCCUGGCUCUAUAAAGAUAUAAUCUUUUCCAAGGUCAAGCUCCAAACUUAUACUUUUAAUCUCUUGAUUGGAACCUUGUGCGACGCGGGUCGUUUGGAGGAUGCCCGCCACUUGUUUGAUAGAAUGCCGGAUAGAGAUUGUCAGCCUAAUGAGUACACUUUCGGAAUUUUGGCACGUGGGUAUUGUCGAGAUGGGCUCGUUGAUAAAGGUUUGGAGCUUCUGGAUUUGAUGAAGACGAUGGCUUUGGUCCCCACUGCAGUGAUAUACAAUACGUUCAUUUCAGGGUUUUGUAAAGAGGGUAAAGAUGAUGAAGCUGAGAGAUUGGUGGAGAGGAUGAAAGAGGAUGGCUUGUCUCCAAAUGUUGUUACCUUUAACACUAGGAUAUCUGCUCUCUGCAAAGCUGGGAAGAUUUUGGAGGCGUCUAGGAUAUUCAGGGAUAUGCAGACGAGCGAGUUGGGAUUGCCAAUGCCUAAUGCUGUGACAUAUAACUUGAUGUUGGAUGGCUUUUACAGGGAAGGGAUGUCAGCAGAAGCAGAAGCUCUAGUUAUAUCUAUGAAAAGAGAUGCUAUUUUCUCGAGCGUGGAGAGUUAUAACAUAUGGCUGUUGGGUUUGGUGAGAACUAGCAAACUGUUUGAGGCUCAAGCAGUUCUUAAAGGGAUGGUUAAUGAUGGAGUGCAACCAAAUGCAUACUCAUACAACAUUUUAAUUAACGGCUUAUGUAAAAAUGGCAUGCUUGCAGAUGCAAGGAGAGUUGUUAGUUUGAUGAUAACUGGAGGAGUUUCCCCUGAUGUAACUACUUAUAGCGCGUUGCUCCAGGGGUAUUGCAGGAAAGGAAGGAACGUUGAGGCCAAUAAAAUUCUAAAUGAGAUGAUUAGAGCUGGAUGUUCCCCAAAUGCUUACACUUACAAUAUACUGCUACACAGCCUGUGGAGAGAAGGUAGAACAGCAGAAGCGGAGAGGUUAAUGCAGAAGAUGAAUGAACGAGGCGAUGGAUUGGAUACUGUGAGCUGCAAUAUUGUGAUUGAUGGUUUGUGUAGAAGUGGAAAUGUUGAUAAAGCAGUUGAAAUUGCGAGUGAGAUGUGGACUCAUGGAAGUGCUGCUCUUGGUAACUUAGGAAACUCAUACAUAGGCCUAGUAGAUGAAAAUAGGAAGAAAUGCUUGCCUGACUUGAUUACAUAUUCGACAAUCAUAAAAGGAUUGUGCAGGGAUGGACGGCUAGAGGAAGCUAAAAAGAAGUUUACAGAGAUGUUGGGGAGAAACUUGUAUCCCGAUUCAACUGUCUAUGAUAUUUUCCUAUAUAACUUGUGUAAGAGAGGCAAGAUAUCAUCUGCAUUUCAGGUUCUCAAAGACAUGGAGAGAAAAGGUUGCAACAAGACAUUGCGCACUUACAAUUGCCUAAUAUUUGGGCUUGGUGUUGCAAAUCAAAUAUAUGAGAUGUUUGGCCAGUUGGAUGAGAUGAAGGAGAGAGGUGUUUCUCCAAAUGUUAGCACUUACAAUAUUAUUCUUAAUUCUCUAUGCGAGGGACAAAGAAGCGAAGAAGCUGCUUUCAUUUUAGAUGAGAUGCUGCAGAAAGGAGUAACACCUAAUUUGAAUUCUUACAAAUCGUUAAUCAAAACCUUCUGCAGGACUGGGGAGUUCAGACCAGCACAAGAUGUGUUUGAGAUUGCAAUCAGUGUGUGUGGUCACAAGGAAGUACUUUAUACUUUGAUGUUCAAUGAGUUGCUUCUUGGAGGGGAAAUCUUGGAAGCUAAGCAAUUAUUUGAGGCUGCAAUAGAAAGAUGCUUUGACUUGGGCAGUUUUUCUUACAAAGAUCUCAUUGACAAACUAUGCGUCAAUGAGAAGUUUGAUCAUGCUCAUGAUAUUCUUAAGAAAAUGGUGCAGCGUGGUUGUAGAUUUGAUCCUGCAUUGUUCAUGCCUGUGAUUGAUUAUUUACUCAGCAAGGGAAAUAAACAUGAGGUUAAUGAACUGACAGAAAGAAUGCUUGCAAUGGGUUCCAACGUUGAGGUUAAAACUAUGGUUCACAAAGAUGACAAACAGUUAAAUCAUGGCAGACAACAUAAAGACAGUGGCAGUGAUUGGCAAACUAUUCUGCACAGGUAUGAAUGUCAAACUGGCAUUGUAACUUCUUUGUAUACUCUUCUCUGGAAUUCCUGUUUAUUGAAGUACUUGGCUCUUGGGGUGUCACUUACUGUUUUUCAUAUUUUCUAUUUUCGCACGCAUUUCACUUACUGUUUACAUUCAGUAUCUGUUACAUUUUCUAGUGGCAUCUCAACGUCAUUUUUCUACCCGGUCUUUUUGACAGAGAUGAUGGAAGUACUAUGGCGUUGAAAACUUUGAAGCGGGUGCAGAAAGGCUGGGGUCACAGUAACUUAUCACUAGCCCAGAAGAAUGGCUUCCUCGAUGAUUUGAAUGCUCCUUUUUAAAUGUCUUGAUACUUGAGGUCCAUUGUUAUUUAUCUCGGCUGAACCACAAUCAAGCAUAGAGAUGAUCACCAUACAUCUCUCCUCAAUUGGCUCUGCUUGCGGCUCUAACCAGUGCGUGUUAAUAGUCAAAGACCAUUGUCUGGAACAGGACAAUCAUUUUCAGGUGAUAACCCACAAUGGUGUUUUAAGGAAGAUGAUAAAUGUCUCAAGUCUCAACAAAUGCCUUGAGAUUCAUUUGAGGAAACAUUUGCAAAUUUUGAUAUUGUUCGGGCAAAGCUUGAGACGGAGCUGAGAGAGCCAUCUAUGCAUCAAGCAAGCUUCAUCGUCAGAAGAUCUCCUUCGCCAGUAUGUCAGUAGGAAGGUAUACUCGUUGUUUGGAAUGGAACCCCGCUGUUGUCCUUAUCUGCUUGGAAGGUUCAGCACGAUUACUAUUCUUCUAUCCUUUCCGUAGCUGUAAAAAAGUAAAGAGAUGUUGACAGUUUGAUGAUGUUUCCUUCCAGUUGCAUUUUUACCAGGAUGGAUCUAAUUAGGAAAAAAAAGCAAGAAUUCCUAAUAUAUACCAGAUUUUUGUUUCUAUAUUUGAUAGCAAAGUUGGCCUAUCUA